CCCUCAAAUGCAAUCGUCCGCAGUGCUGGUUCCACUCUGGUCAACUUUAUGUAUCAAUAAUAAAAUUAAUUAACGAUUUAAUUAGGUGAUUGAAGACUGAAUGGCAGAUUGUCAGUAAUUGUCCGGUGAUUUUUACGAGAUAUUUGUUACAUUUUAUUAAUAUAAUGAAUAAAAUAUGUGCUUGGCUAUUGGUGCUCGGAAUAUUGGGUGCUUGUACUUGUGGAGGUCGUACUGAGUGCGGACAACAAGGAAAAAUUACACUUUUAACAAAUAUUCAUGAUGAUCUCAAUUGUGAGAAAUUAUCUGAUAGAGGCGUUAUGACCUAUGAAGCUGCCAAAUAUAUCGUCGAUAUGCACAAUAAUAAUACGAGUAAAACAAAAAUCGAUAUAACGAUUUUAGAUACUUGCGGAAGUGUUUCUGGUGCGGUAAAAGCGACGAUGAAGGCUUUGGUCUGGUCUGACAUGGAUUGUUUAAGGCCUCCAUUUUAUUUUGGAAUGAUUGGCCCCUACACUCCGCUGAAUGUCGAUGCAGUUCAUAAGAUAACAUCGACAUUAAAUAUCCCCCACAUAGUGAAUGCUAAUAUUAUUUCACCGUAUCUCCACAAUCUGAACAGAGAGUCUUAUGAUCCAAUGAUUUAUGCCAUCCUGGGGAUGAUCGAUACCCUGAAAUGGAAGACAUUUAGUUUGAUCACAAGUACUUACGGAAAUCAUGAGGAUGAUGUCCAGCACAUCGCCAAGAAGAUCACCAUGGGUGCAAUCACCAGAGGAAUAUGCGUAAUGAUUCAUGACGGGGAUGAUCAAGACUUUGGCACUCACGUACUUCACAUUGGGAGACCCAACGAAAGAAUUCUGUCGAUUAAAAAUUCAACAAUUUUAAUCGCAAGUGAAGGCAAUAUGAAAAUUCAUGUCAGUAAUUACAACACUCUCAGUCAUAUUUUCCUCCUGCAAGACUCCAGAAACGAGUUGGAUGGAUUGGAAAACAGAAUCAAGAGCUCCAAAUGGUGGACGGGUCCGGAAAUUGGAGAAUACGAUGCUGAAGAAAUUAGAGACGUCAGGUGGUUGGAAGAUGCUGUCGGAAUUUACGUGAAAGCCUUUGAAGUCUUAUGUGCCAAGCAACAGUGCUCGGACCUAGUGAAUUCCGCAGAGUGGAACAGCAUUUUGUCGAAUGUUGUUGCAACUCACAACGCGAAACUCCAAACAUCCACGAGAAAAUUCGACUUCCUAUUCAAAACGCAAUCCAAUUUCGAAAAAUUGGCGGAUAUAGAGGUGCAGAGUGGCCAGGCGAAAGUCCACUGGAGUCCGAGUCGUUACGAGAUAUUCAGUAAUGUUCUCGUGAGCAGCGACCAGAGGAAAUCCGGAUGUGCGACGUCGGUCUCUGGAAUGAGCGAAGACGAGAGCGAUAUUGCAAAAGCUCUUUUCCCAGGAGUUGAUGAUCACGAAUGGUGGACAAUGAUCGCGACUGUUGGAGGAGUUGGAGUCUCAAUGUUUGCUGUGGGAAUUUUUGCAGUUUACGUUGUGAUAAGUAAUAUUCGGGGCCCGCGGUCCCCGAAAAAUAAAUCAAACAGACGCGAAAGGGACGGGACUAUCAGAAGAAUAGAGAGUGAUCAGGACCUCCAGGUUGUAACGAGACCUCAUCGACCUGCCAGGGAAAAUCAGAGACGUGACAGCAAUCGCAGCAUCAGGAGCAACAUCUCUGAUAAGAGCGUCUGAAGUCUGAAUUAAUUCAAUUUCAAUUUCAAUUCAAUUAUUUCAAUUUCGUAAUUCAUUACAAUAAAAUUUCUUUUGUAAAUUCGUGUUGCUACCAAUUAUUGGUACACGAUUCAUGGGGAUCCCGUAGAGAGGACAUUGAUGGAAUUUCUACAAUUAUUAUGUACUGAUACAACUUCAUUAAUUAUAUUCGAUCAUUGAAA